GUGUGACGCAAACUCAAGUGGAAAGUCUCACUUGAUAAGUCGUGUGGUGCGCUCUGUGGCGCUCUCGAGGCCAGUUUAGGCGUGGAUGUAAUACCGCGUUGCGUUACUAACACUUGGAGGUGGUCAGUGGUGAACGAGGAGAGGAAGUGUAGUGUGGUGGGUUAAAUUGUAUUAGGUCGGGGUGGAGGCGCGCCUGGGAGUUCCUUCAUCAUCGUCAUCAGCUGGCGAGCUGAUCACUGCCUCUCCUGCCUCGCCAUCAAUGACGCAAACUCAAUGGAAAUAGUAAAUAGCGCCUCCUGAUGACAGGAGUAGCAGAAGUGGACGGAGCAAGAGAGAGAGAAUAGAUCGCCCGCCAUCACCGAGCCACCAUGGAUGAUGCACAUUGCUUUCCCGUCGAGGACGUCGUCGCGAAAUUUGGCGUGAACAUUGAGAAUGGCCUCUCCGCGUCUCAAGUGAAGGAUUAUCAGGCCAAAUAUGGCCCCAACGAGCUACCCGCCGAGGAAGGCAAGUCUCUCCUCCAGCUCAUCCUGGAGCAGUUCGACGACUUGCUUGUUAAAAUCCUUCUUCUCGCAGCCAUUAUUUCAUUCGUCCUGGCGUGUUUCGAGGAGGGUGAAGAGACCGUCACCGCCUUCGUGGAGCCCUUCGUCAUCCUGCUUAUCCUGAUCGCUAACGCCAUCGUGGGCGUGUGGCAGGAACGCAAUGCCGAAUCGGCCAUCGAGGCGCUGAAGGAGUACGAGCCCGAGAUGGGCAAGGUAGUGCGCUCCAACAAGCAUGGUGUGCAGAAGGUCCGUGCCAGGGAGAUAGUCCCGGGGGACAUCGUUGAGGUCUCUGUUGGUGACAAGAUUCCUGCUGACAUUCGCCUUGUCAAGAUCUUUUCCACGACCCUACGUAUUGACCAGUCUAUCCUGACUGGAGAGUCUGUUUCGGUCAUCAAGCACACUGAUGCCAUUCCCGACCCCAAGGCUGUCAACCAGGACAAGAAGAACAUCCUCUUCUCAGGAACCAAUGUUUCUGCCGGCAAGGCACGUGGUGUCGUCAUUGGUACAGGUCUCGCAACUGCCAUUGGUAAGAUCCGCACCCAAAUGGCUGAGACUGAAGAAAUCAAGACUCCACUACAACAGAAACUUGAUGAAUUUGGUGAACAAUUAUCCAAGGUUAUCUCCAUUAUUUGUGUUGCUGUCUGGGCUAUCAAUAUUGGACAUUUCAAUGACCCUGCUCAUGGUGGUUCCUGGAUCAAGGGUGCUAUUUAUUAUUUCAAGAUUGCUGUUGCCUUGGCUGUGGCUGCUAUUCCCGAAGGCCUUCCCGCUGUUAUUACUACUUGUUUGGCUCUGGGUACCCGUCGUAUGGCUAAGAAGAAUGCCAUUGUUAGGUCUCUUCCCUCUGUUGAAACUCUGGGCUGCACUUCUGUCAUCUGCUCUGAUAAAACCGGCACGCUCACCACCAACCAGAUGUCUGUGUCUCGUAUGUUCAUCAUGGACAAGGUUGAGGGUAACGAUUCCUCUCUUCUUGAAUUUGAAGUUACUGGCUCCACCUAUGAACCUAUUGGUGAUGUAUACCUGAAAAAUACUAAAGUUAAGGGAUCUGACUUUGAGGGAUUACAAGAACUCUCUACCAUUUCUUUUAUGUGUAAUGACUCUUCCAUUGACUUUAAUGAAUUCAAGAAUGUGUUUGAGAAGGUUGGUGAGGCAACUGAGACAGCUCUUAUUGUCCUUGGUGAGAAGAUCAACCCAUACAACAUGUCUAAAUCUGGCUUGGAUCGUCGCUCUGCUGCCAUUAUUGCUAGGCACGACAUGGAGACAAAAUGGAAGAAAGAAUUCACCCUCGAGUUCUCACGUGAUCGCAAAUCCAUGUCUUCAUACUGUGUUCCACUCAAACCUACCCGCUUGGGAACUGGACCAAAGAUGUUCUGCAAAGGAGCCCCUGAGGGUGUACUUGAUCGCUGCACUCACGUGCGUGUUGGCACUCAAAAGGUCCCUCUUACUGCUGGUGUGAAAGAGAAGAUUCUGUCCGUCACCCGUGAUUAUGGCUGUGGUCGUGACACUCUUCGCUGCUUGGGUCUUGCUACCAUCGAUAAUCCAAUGAAACCUGAAGAUAUGGAUCUGGGAGAAGCUUCUAAGUUCUAUACAUAUGAAGUUAAUAUGACAUUUGUUGGCGUAGUUGGUAUGCUUGACCCACCACGUAAGGAAGUUAAAGAUUCAAUCCAGAGAUGUCGUGAUGCUGGUAUCCGUGUUAUUGUCAUUACUGGAGACAAUAAGGCAACUGCUGAGGCUAUCUGCCGUCGUAUUGGAGUUUUUAAAGAAGAUGAAGAUACAACUGGUAUGUCAUAUUCUGGCCGUGAGUUUGACGAGCUAAGUCCUGAAGAACAGAGGCAGGCAUGUAUUCGUUCCCGCCUCUUCUCUCGUGUAGAGCCCUUCCAUAAGUCAAAGAUUGUUGAAUAUCUUCAAGGAGAGAACGAGAUCUCAGCCAUGACAGGUGAUGGUGUGAAUGAUGCACCUGCCCUGAAGAAAGCUGAAAUUGGCAUUGCUAUGGGAUCUGGUACAGCUGUGGCCAAGUCUGCCUCUGAAAUGGUGCUGGCUGAUGACAACUUCUCCUCUAUUGUGGCUGCUGUUGAAGAAGGUCGUGCUAUUUACAACAACAUGAAGCAGUUCAUCCGUUACCUCAUUUCUUCCAAUGUUGGUGAGGUUGUUUCCAUCUUUUUGACUGCUGCUCUAGGUCUUCCAGAAGCUCUUAUCCCAGUCCAGCUCCUGUGGGUCAACCUUGUAACUGAUGGCUUGCCUGCUACUGCCUUGGGCUUCAACCCUCCAGAUCUUGAUAUUAUGGACAAACCUCCCCGCAGAGCUGACGAGUCCCUCAUCUCUGGCUGGCUAUUCUUCCGUUACAUGGCCAUUGGUGGCUAUGUUGGUGCAGCCACCGUUUUUGCUGCAUCAUGGUGGUUCAUGUAUGAUCCUACUGGCCCUCACCUAAACUACUAUCAACUCUCUCACCAUCUGCAAUGUCUUGGAGAUCCUGAAAACUUUGAAGGACUGGACUGCAACAUUUUCAGUCACCCUGCUCCAAUGACAAUGGCUCUGUCUGUGCUGGUCACCAUUGAAAUGCUCAAUGCUCUAAACAGCUUGUCUGAGAACCAGUCGCUGCUGAUAAUGCCUCCCUGGGUCAACUUCUGGCUGCUGGCGGCUAUGGCCCUGUCCAUGACCCUCCACUUCAUCAUCCUCUACAUUGACAUCCUCAGUACUGUGUUCCAGGUGAUGCCACUGUCUGUUGCCCAGUGGGUUGCUGUCUUGAAGAUUUCCUUCCCUGUAUUGCUGCUGGACGAGACUCUUAAGUUCAUCGCACGUAAUUACACCGACGGUGAGAACAAUCUGUAUAAAUGCCACUGGAUUGUGCUAGCCUGGGCUACCUAUUUUGCCUACAUCAAGAUUUACUUCUUUUAACCUCAGUCACCACCCUAACAAAAUGUACUGUCGGGAAUCAGACCCGUUUUAUUUUGAAAACUUAAAAAAAGACUUAGUUGGGAGCAAGGAAAAACAUUGUGAUUUGACUUUCACAGAAUUUUCUCAUUUGAAGAGGUUUGUGCAGAACAGCCUCUCAUUCAUGGAGAGAUUAAGCUUUUUACAAUGUUUAUAGGUGCUACUUGAGCACUGUUGUGCUCCCUCUUACUGAAAGGUACAAGUGGGACUCGAAGACUCAGGGUGUGUGACAUGAGUCUUGAAAGUCGGACAAGUGUUGUUGCCCCUAAAUACAUCAUGUGAAUCAGCUGUUGUUGCUACUGUGGCUGUCAGCUGCCACUGCUGUUUGCUGCUGUUGCCACUGCUGUUUGCUUAAGUUGGGGGCAGUGUGAGUGUCGAGUAUAGUGUAUAUAUAAUAAAGUGCUGAGAGUUGACACAAAUUGACACUUGACCACCUAUUCCAAAUGGUGGUCGACUUCCAGACCAAAGCUCCUCCAGAACUAGAGGCAGGCAAUCUGUUUGAAUAGACUCCAUACUCCAUUAAUUUGUUGUUAGUGAGGACAGAAUCAUGGAACUGGGAUCAGACAUAAAGAUUUAUCGUCUCUUGACAGAAUUGUUGGUUAAAUUUACAAACUAAUGAUCUGCAUUAAUGGAAGUGAAUGCAUGCUUGUGGGAUACAUGAUUUAUCAGCAUCUAGAGUAAAGAAAUAGUACUUUUCUAAGUAAUUCGAUGAAAUUAUGAAAUGGUAUUUUUUUAGGGUACAUAUAGCGAUGUCUGAAGUAGACGGUUUUUUAAAAUUUGUGCCUUCAUUUUAUUUGGUGGCAUCUGAACCCUGCCUCUUCCCACCACCUCCCUUCCCCCUAGCAUGCCAAUGUAUCCUACCAAGAGCAUUUGGAUGGUUCACAUCUUGUAGAUGUACAUUAAAAGUAUUCCCUAGUAGUGUGUAGUGUAAGGUCAUUGCAGUUUGUAAUAACAUGUGAAUAUGUGCAAUGGAUAAUGUUUUUUUUUUAUGGUGUAAUGGCGAAGUUUCUUCUAUGAUUUGAUUCAUAAUGCUUUCUUAGAAGUUGAACUUCUGAAGUCAUAAAUGUUCAAAUUUAUCCAAGGAACUUUGGUAGGUGCAAACGACUAUUCUUAUUAAUGAUACGACCAGAAAGCAGUAAUAAUUAAAAAAAAUUUUUUUUUUUUUUUAAAUCCUGUACGUGUAUGAUCACGAGACCGUUAAAGAGUAAUUGCUUAAGUACUGUAGUUUAAACAAAUUUGCCAUCAUUACCCAUUGCAUCCUUAAGCCCCCCCUUAUUCACAAGAAUCCUUUUAAAGACCUUUAUUUAUGGACUGUGAGAUUGAGUUGUUUGCAUGUCAUAAUUAGUUAUUUGACAGAUUUUGGAAUAAAUUCAUCAUAGUUCCCUCUUUAUUUAUUAUUCCACACAUGAAACCAUCCCCCCACUUACCUUAGAUAUUUGUGGAGCUUGUCUGUGCUCAGUUUUUAAGGUUCCUUUUAAAUUUUACCCCAUGCUCCACCUACUAAUUUCUGAUGUCUAAGGAGUUACAUAAAUCUUGUAAUGAAUAAUGCCUGGAGGAAUGCUUUGGUGCUUCUGUAUGCCAAAUCAAGUGGGACUGUCUCUUAACAUGAGAUAAUCAGUAUUAUCAUGUUUAAUCUCUGGAGUUCAUAACCGACUAUUUUAUAUUCAUCAAAUUUAAAGUUGUAUAGAAAACCUGUAGCAUAAAUAAUUUUCCACAAGUCCAAAGUGUGUGGUUCUAUUUGCCUGAACUUUUGCUUGGAAAUUUUAAACCAUAACAACCAUUUUCCCCCCAUCAUUUCCCAACAUCGCUAUUGCCUCUGUUUUGGGUGUAAAAGUUUCUGGCCAUAUAUGGAACAAGGGCCACAGCUGAUACCUGUGAACUUUACUACCAACAAACCCUGCUAUCUUCACCUUCAACUAAGGACAUUUGAUCACCAAGGACAACCAACAUUGGCCCAACCAAGUGAAGAGGAACUGCGACUCUUAUUUUUUUUUUUUUAACUUUGACUUUUUCCCUUUUUCCUGCAAUUUUCCUGCUUCCUGUCACCUUCAUCUACCUUUUCAUAACCUUUUCUGUUAUUCUUCUGAGACUCACUCACACCAACAAAACUGAUGUGAGUAUUAAUUUUUACCUCGUACUCGUUACCUCUAAUAUUAUUCUACUUGUUUUUUAAAGAACAAUUUAAAGAAAAAUUAUAUUUCUCAAUUUUUUAUGACAUUUAUACUAUAGAAUACUGUACCUUGCAAGAUAUUCAAAUAUGACUUCUGGUAUUAGACUAUUCAUUGAACUUCAUAAUGUUAAAUUAUCUUGCAAAGGUAGAAUACAAAGAUAUUUUCAUCCAAUGUAGCUAGAUGUUUUUACUUGAAAUAGCUGUAAUAGAAUUCUGGAUUGUUAUAACCUUGUAAUGGCCAUGAGAAGUCUAGUUGUCUGUGUGAUAACAUCAGGUUCACUGUUUGCACUAUUGAAGAGUCCAGUAAUUAAGGUCAGUUUAUUAAGAGAAGUACAAGGUGUGUUUGAACACCAUUUUCAUCAUCACAUUGAGAUUAAUUGUGGCAGCUACUUUGAUGUGCUGCUUGAUAACAGUGAAAACGAUAUUGUGGCAGCUACUGUGAUGUGCUGCUUGAUAACAGUGAAAUCAUGUUUGUCAAUCGGACUAAGUCAUGCAAUUCCCGUUUCACUUCAACAUUUUACUACCGUUUAUACAACUUCAGUGGAAAGGCACAUGUGAACAGUAAUGUAAGAAUUAUCAUGACCAGUAAAUGCACCAUUUACUUAUUUUAUUUAUAUCAUUAAAAUUUAAAUAAAUUGCAUUCAGCAGGAAUAGUUUUUCAAGUGAAGGUUCUUAAAUAAGAAAAUAGAGCACAGUAGAGUAACUAUACAUCUGUCAGCUUGAGAUCUUGACAUUUGCUGUUCACUGUGUCCAGACCAUUUAUGCUAUUCCCCUUUAUGAACUGUGAUGUCACGAGUUUUGUUAAGAAAAUAAUAAACCGUUGUUAAGAAAUGUGAA